UUACUCGGGUCAAUUUAAAAAUAUCUUUUAAGAUCUUGGUUUUAUUUUACAUUUGUACAAAGUAACGCCGAGAAAACAUUGGAGAACCACUAAACCUCGCUAGCAAUGAUAUGAAUCACAAACAAAACGUAUAAAAUAACGAGCGAACGUCGAUGCUUUGUUUUGAAUAUCCACAACAAAGAAAGAUUGUUUCUCCUCUGCUGUUAUCACCUGCUGUGUUGUGAGGAUAGGAAAUAUAAUUGUGCCUAGUUGACCUCCAUUCAUUGAUGAGGUAAUUUCCGCACAAAAUCGUCUGAAGAAAACAGCGCAGGCGUUUAAUUAAGUUAUAUCAAGUGCCUUUUUUGUCAAAACGAUCACUUUUUGGUGCCAAGUUGACGACGUUUUGGUCAAAAGAACUCUGUAUAUAUAAAUUCCGGUCUAUGCUAACCACGGUAAACAUAUCAGCGAACAGACCGAACAAAACUUGCGUUGGACGCGAUCGACAGUAGAACGCGACAUUUUUCAAGAUGGCUGGAGAGGUGAUUCACUUGGCAAGUGCUGUAUGCCUAUCCAUUUUAUCUGUUACCACAGUUACAAGCAAUGUUCUUUUCCUUAUUGCUAUUUGGAAAGAUCCACUGAAUUGUUUUAGUGCCCCUACAACAAGUUUUAUUGUGGGAAUAAGCCUGGCAGAUUUGAUAACUGCUCUAACGACGGAGCCAUUUUUCGCAGCGUACUACUACGUUUGGUACUCCGAAGGAAUAGACGAGGUUAAUAGCGCUUUAAAAACGCUUUUUAAAGCAGGAAGCAACAUCUCCACCGUGGCUAUCUGCUAUUCAUUCCUGAUUGUUUUGGCCUUAUCUUGGUCUCAGUACAUCGCAAUCAAAUGCCCGCACAGUUUCAAAAGAAUAGUCACCAAGAGAAACGCGAUUAUUUUCAGUUUACUGAGCUUGUUUUAUUUAAUCUGCUUCACAUCUCUGCAGUUCAUGGGAAUGGAUCAAUACACCUUUCUUAAAAUUAAUCUGGCUGUAAAUUCUUCGUUCCUGUCAGUGAAUUUGAUGGUAAUCUUGCUUUUAUUGAAUGCAGCUUUUAGACGCCAUGUUAAGCGAGGGCGCGCUUUUCAAAUGCCGGCACAACAAUCUUCUCCAAGACGCAAUCGGAAAACUCGCCGUGAAAACCUGCAGCAACAGUUUACGGCUGUAGCAAUGUACCUGGCAGCUAUCCUCCUCUUGUCUGCCUUACCACAUGUGAUAACAGCUCAGAUAUUUCUUUAUUCGUCCAACCAGUUAUCUCCACAAGUUAUUAAAAAUUUUCAGAUAGCUUUAGAAAUCUCUGAUCUGCUGUUAUUUCUCAAAGUUUGUCUCGAUACUUUUGUUUAUGCCUGGCGCCUACCAACUUAUCGCCGAACAAUAAAGAUGCUCUUUUUUCGUCGAGAAACGGAUAGAAAUAGGUUCGUAAAUAAUAGAAAUGCUAAUAUCUCUAUAGAUAUUUCACUUUCUCCACAGUCAUGACUGUUUUCUUUAAUUAUAAAAUAACUAGAACAAUUAACCCAAAUAAAUGAACUUAGAAACAGUUUGAAUUCAAAACAAGUUUCCAACCAAGAGUGGGCGAAGAUAUUUUCAUGGCGUAGUUAGCGUUCUUUUCUACAUUCUGAGUUCAUGUAUUCUUUUUGAAGUUCAGAUUUUUUAAUUUCCAAAGGCUGUUAGACCCGUGUAAUCAAUGCUUGUCUUUUGUUGUUUGGACAGUUUGACACGUACACUUAAAGAAUGUAUUAAUAUUACUAUUUUGCAGCCGGCAUAACACCUUUUCUUUGAAAUCAAAAUCCCAAGAAAAUCGAUUAAACAAUCCAUGCUACCAGAAAGAAAAAACAAACAAAACUCAUUUUUUUUUAAAGAAAUUAGAAAGUAUUGUAAGCAGCACACGGGAUGGACCCAAGCUUCGUGGAGCACUGAAGUAAUAAAGAUAAUUAGUUCCAGUAAUUUGAAGUAAUGAAAAAACUGAUCGACCUGGAAAACUGGCAUUGAGAAGACAUGUUUGUGCAAGACACCAAGAAACACGUUUUUUCGUCUACUCCUCUUCCCAGUUCCCGCCUUACCCUUCUCUGCAAACAAUUCCUGUGGAAUGAUCGAGCGAUUUGAACAGUUUGCUCAAAAGCGAGAAAAACGCUCACAGUAUUUUAAAUAUUGAGUCUAGUUUAAUUGCUUUAUUGGCACAUUUAAGUCCGGACAAAUAUUUCAUUUCCUUACUACAAGUGGUAGUUUGCUUUGAACUUCCUGGUGGUGAACGUUUUCAAAACUGAAAAAUCUUUCAGUCUACAUAG